GGGCUGUCGGUGUAAAUUCUGGAAAGUGAGGGAGGGUGAAUGAGACCUGGACUAGAACCAGGUGGAGUCAGGAAUAAGAGCGUGGUGGAGGGGCGAGAGGAAACAGAUGAGAGAUGGGUGUUUAUAGGACAAUUCCGGGACCAGAAGAGCUGAAAGGGCGACUAGAGUAAGGUUGUAAGAAGUGAUGGCCGUCUGGGACAAGGGUGCCUGGGGAAUUAUGUUAAUUGAAGAGGUUCAUCAAGAUCCAAGGUGAAAGCAGUAAGGUGAUGAGACAGGGCUGAAAGCAAACGGUGAGAGGAGCAAGGAAGAGAUGGGCCCCGGGAUUUGAAGGAUGAGAUGGGGAGUAAGGGAAGAAAAGGGGGCCAAGGGAAACUGGGGGAGUCCUGAUGGAUGUAGCGCGGGGGUGGGAAUCGAAUCUGCAUGUUGUGGGAAGAUGCUCCAGAAGGUCUGCAAGGGUCAGAGCACAAAUGCUGUAGUGAAGGAUCAAGUGUAGGGAGCCUUUGGUGCAGAAGAGGAGGAGCCAUGAUUCUUUGGAUGGGAAGAGACCUUGAAAGGAGCUCUAGUUUAUCCUGCAACUUCAGUCAUUAUCCCACUUAAAUCAUCCCAGGUGAUAGAGAAAGGGAAACCUGACCAAUGACUGAGGAGUAAUAUGGAAGAAGAUGGAAAAUACUUGUUUAAUGGGUUAAGAAAGUGGCGACUUCUCUGAGACAUGGAUAGAUGCAAACAUGUAGGGCGGUUACGGCUCGCCCAGGACCACUCCAUCCUGAACCCUCAGAAGUGGUGCUGCUUGGAGUGCGCCACCACCGAGUCCGUGUGGGCUUGCCUCAAGUGCUCCCACGUGGCCUGCGGCCGCUACAUCGAGGACCAUGCACUGAAACACUUUGAAGAGACUGGGCACCCGCUAGCCAUGGAAGUCCGGGAUCUCUACGUGUUCUGUUACCUGUGCAAGGACUACGUGCUCAAUGACAACCCGGAGGGGGACCUGAAGCUGCUGAGAAGCUCCCUCUUGGCGGUCCGGGGCCAGACGCAGGAUCCACCGCUGAGAUGCGGGCGGACGCUGCGCUCCAUGGCCCUGGGCGAGGACGUGGUCCCGCCGCAGCGCGCUCCUCAGGGACAGCCGCAGAUGCUCACAGCUCUGUGGUACCGGCGCCAGCGCCUGCUGGCCAGAACGCUGCGGCUGUGGUUCGAGAAGAGCUCCCGGGGCCGGGCCAAGCUGGCGCAGCGGCGGCAGGCGGAGGCACUGGAGCGCAAGAAGGAGGCGGCGCGGCAGCGGCGGCGCGAGGUGAAGCGGCGGCUGCUGGAGGAGCCGGCCAGUGCCCCUCCACGCAAGAGUGCGCGGCUGCUGCUGCACGCGCCCCGCCACACGGUCCCAGUCGCUGCCCGCCCUGCCACCCUCCCUACCUCCCGCAGAGCGCCCGCUGUUACGCUCAAGCAGCGCCGCCAACCAGCCGUGGCCCCGGGUGUCACGGGCCUGCGCAACCUGGGCAACACCUGCUACAUGAACUCCAUCCUCCAGGUGCUCAGCCACCUCCAGAAGUUCCGAGAAUGUUUCCUGAACCUUGACCCUUCCAAAACGGAACAUCUGUUUCCCAGAGCCACCAACGGGAAGGCUCAGCUCUCGGGGAGACCGGCUAGCAGCUCAGCCACUGAGCUGUCGUCGAGGAGCGACAGGGCCGAGUCCUGCGAGCGGGAGGGUUUCUGCUGGAACCGCGGGGCCUCCAUCAGCCGGAGCCUGGAGCUCAUCCAGAACAAGGAACCCAGCUCGAAGCACAUUUCCCUCUGCCGCGAACUGCACACCCUCUUCCGAGUCAUGUGGUCCGGGAAGUGGGCCCUAGUGUCGCCCUUCGCCAUGCUUCAUUCGGUGUGGAGCCUAAUUCCUGCUUUCCGCGGAUAUGACCAACAGGAUGCGCAGGAAUUUCUCUGCGAGCUGCUGCACAAAGUGCAGCAGGAACUUGAGUCGGAGGGCACCACACGCCGGAUCCUCAUCCCUUUCUCCCAGAGGAAGCUCACCAAACAGGUCUUAAAGGUGGUGAAUACCAUAUUUCAUGGGCAGCUGCUCAGUCAGGUCACAUGUAUAUCAUGCAGUUACAAAUCCAAUACCAUUGAGCCCUUUUGGGAUCUGUCCCUGGAAUUCCCUGAACGUUAUCACUGCAUAGAAAAGGGGUUUGUCCCUUUGAAUCAGACAGAGUGCCUGCUCACGGAGAUGCUGGCCAAGUUCACAGAGACAGAGGCCCUGGAAGGGAGAAUCUACGCUUGUGAUCAGUGUAACAGCAAACGACGAAAAUCCAAUCCAAAACCCCUUGUUCUGAGUGAAGCUAGAAAGCAGUUAAUGAUCUACAGACUACCUCAGGUUCUCCGGCUGCACCUUAAAAGAUUCAGGUGGUCUGGCCGUAAUCAUCGAGAGAAGAUUGGGGUCCAUGUCGUCUUUGACCAGGUAUUAACCAUGGAACCUUACUGCUGCAGGGACAUGCUCUCCUCUCUUGACAAAGAGACCUUUGCCUAUGAUCUCUCCGCAGUGGUCAUGCAUCACGGGAAAGGGUUUGGCUCAGGACACUACACAGCCUAUUGCUACAACACAGAGGGAGGUUUUUGGGUCCACUGCAAUGACUCAAAGCUGAAUGUAUGCAGUGUCGAGGAAGUGUGCAAAACCCAGGCCUACAUCCUUUUUUACACUCAAAGAACAGUGCAGGGCAAAGCAAGACUCUCAGAAACCCAACUCCAAGCUCAGGUGCAGUCCAGCAACAGCGAUGAAGGCAGACAACAGACAUUCCCCUGAAUGGGAGAUGUGUAUCAAAGACUGGCUUGCUUUUAAACUAUUGGUGUCCGUAUGUCUUUCCUCUCAUAGGAAAUAAGGCUUACUGCAGGAGCAGGAUCACUAGGUUUGCCUCACUGGGUCUAGAGUAGAAGAUGCCAGGUGAUUCAUGUCCUACCAUAAAUUUUGUAGUCACUUUCUUUUGA